AUGCCAAUACAUUGUGUCGUACUUCAGGAAGCUUCGGGUACUUGUGAGCCGAUUUGUUUAUCAAGUUGUGAGCACGGUUAUUGUGCGAAACCGUAUACAUGUGCCUGCCAUCGUGGCUUCCAGUUGGUUAACAAUAAUUGUGAACCGGUAUGCAAUAAUCCUUGCGUACAUGGAAGGUGCGUUGCGCCAAAUACUUGCACCUGCUAUUCGGGCUACAAUAUGAAGAGCGACGGACACACAUGCGAGCCGACGUGUCCCUCUGGGUGCGAAAAUGGAUGGUGCGCGAGACCGAAUGUCUGCGAAUGUCAUCCCUACUAUCAAAAGAACAACGACAACAAGUGUGUACCAGUGUGUAAGGAGGAUUGUAUUAACGGCAAAUGUGUGCAGCCAGACGUCUGCUCCUGCAACAACGGUUUUCAAGUCUCUGAGCACAACACCUUCGUCUGCGAACCAACGUGCAGCAAGCCCUGCAUAUUUGGAACAUGCACUGCACCUGAAACAUGCACCUGUGACAGUGGCUACAAAACGAUAUCUGACUCACACGUGUGUGAACCAUUUUGUUCUUCUGGCUGUGAACACGGAUGGUGUGAAAGACCAAACGUAUGUGCCUGUCAUUCUGGAUACGAGAUAACUGAUACGAACACGUGUAAGCCCGUUUGUAAAGAAGGUUGCGUCAACGGAUACUGUGUAAGCCCCGAAGUCUGUGCCUGCAACGAAGGUUUCGAGAUAUCCCAGCAUAAUCAUUCCGUAUGUGAGCCUAAGUGCAGUGAGCUCUGUGUAUCCGGAUACUGUACAGCUCCUGAGACGUGUACGUGCAACAGUGGCUACAAACUUAGUUUGAAUAAAUUUGUCUGCGAACCAGCGUGCGAAUCUUCUUGUACUUACGGUUGGUGUGAAGCACCAAAUAUCUGUGCCUGUAGUACUGGUUAUGAGAGAAAUGAGAAUAAUGAGUGCAUUCCAGUUUGCCGACGGCCGUGUGAGAAUGCAAAGUGUUUAGCACCUGAUGUCUGUGCUUGCGAUCUAGGCUUUCGGUUGUCCCAGGACGAUAAUUUCGUCUGCGAGCCCAAGUGUACCGAGGCAUGCAUAUCUGGGCGUUGUACCGCACCUGACACGUGUACUUGCAACGACGGAUACAAAUUAGGUUUGAGCAAAUUUGUUUGCAAACCGAUAUGUACAUCAUCUUGUGAUCACGGUUGGUGUCUCGAGCCAAACGUCUGCGGAUGUGACUCUGGGUAUGAAAGAAGUGAAGAUAACGAAUGUCUUCCAGUAUGCAGGAGCAUUUGCGUGAACGGAAAGUGUGUGGAACCAGACACCUGCGUCUGCAACGAUGGUUUCGAAGAAUCGCAAAAUGACGCCUCCGUGUGCCAGCCAAGGUGUAGUGAGCCCUGCAAAUUUGGAAAUUGCACAGCUCCUGAGAGAUGCACAUGUUUUGAGGACUAUUUAUUAGGAGCCGACAAUUACACUUGCAAACCAGUUUGCGACGAACCGUGUGAAAACGGGUACUGCGACGAGCCAAACGUCUGCGGGUGUAACCCUGGCUACACAAGGACUGGUGCUAACAAGUGCGAUCCAAUUUGCGAGAGACCUUGCGUCAACGGAAAAUGCACUGCUCCGGAUAGAUGCACUUGCAACGAAGGUUUCAAUCGCUCCGAAAAUGGCGAUGACUUCAUCUGCGAUCCUAUCUGCAAUGCGACCUGCAUUUUCGGAAGUUGUACGGCCCCCAACACGUGUUCUUGUGACGAAGGCUACAAGCUCACCCCCCAGUCAAUCUACAUUUGCAAACCAAUAUGCCAGAGCGAGUGCGCUCAUGGCAAAUGCGAGGCACCAAACUCUUGCGAUUGCGACGCUGGUUACAUCGGGUAUCUGGAACUUGCAUCAAACACUUCCAUGUGCAAGCCCUGGUGCGAUGACAUUUGCUCCAACGGGACAUGCACCGCACCCUACACGUGCACCUGUGACCCUGGUUUUGAGUACAACUCGAAUACAACAGACUGCGACCCGGUAUGUAACGACCCUUGUAUCAAUGGAUUCUGCGAAAGUCCGGGAACCUGUAGUUGCCUCGAAGGUUAUACCAAUACCACAGAAGACGCGGGUAACUGUGAACCAAUCUGCGAACGCUGCGUGCAUGGAACCUGUGUGGCGCCUGAUGAAUGCGUUUGCAAUGACGGAUUUGAAAGUAGCAAGUCGGAGAAUGGAACAUGCGAGCCCACUUGCGAACCCGGGUGCGUUUAUGGAUUGUGCACUGUUCAAGGAUGCAAUUGCUCGUACGGCUGGGUAGGAAAUUUCUGUGACAAACCAUCACUGUGCAUUAUCACGGAAUUCACUCGGGAUUCUUCGACUUCCUACUCUUCAGCCACGACUGAAGCAGUCAGUGUUAUGACCGAUCCUUGGGAUUAUGACUCGACUGGUUACACAACCGAAGAUUCUCCAGUGGAAUGGCAGGGGCCCAUAUGUCGCUCGGAAUGCAUUGACCAACUCAAUAUGACGUCUAUCAACUUGAGCCAGUUCACUGCGGAUGCGACAUAUCAUUACAUUCCUAUUGACUCACCGUGUAACCUCGUCGCAAGAGAGUCAUUUCAUAUGAGCACAAUUGGCACCGGAGUAGCAGUUACGCUGUUCAUCACUGUCGGUACCGUCAUCUUCGUUAUUGGAAAAGUAUGGAUAACGAGAAGCAUAGCAGCCAGAUUUGAAAAUACUGAUGAUGAUCCGUGUGUCUACUUCAAUAAAGAUGGAACCAUCAUUAUGAUUUUAUUUGUUGAUGACGGAAUAAUUUGUGAAAAAGAUGAAUCUGAACUAGUCCAAAUAUUGAGAAAGUAUACCGAGAAAAUUAUCGAACGAUUCAACCUUGAAAACUCUAGUCCUGUAUCCACACCGAUGGAACGUGGUAUGAUAACUGACGAAAAAAAAUUUGUAAACGAUCAACCACUUGAUGAACUGAAUUCAUAUCGUGAAGCCAUAGAUUACGGAGGAGAUCCAGUGACUGGAAAGUAUACGAGUGGUGUACUUAUUCUAGGAAUUCUACAGCCGAAGCUGAAUAUCGAGCAGCAGUAUCAUCUAUUGAUGAUAUUUGCUGGAUAA